UGCUUAUGAACACGACGUGUGUCGAAGUAACACCAAUAUUAUGUGAUUGAAUAUUGUGGAUCACAAUUAUAAUUUUUGAUUUUAUUAAUGAUGUUAUCAGUACUAGAUUUAAGACUCUUGAAACACAGGCAGAUAAAAUAGAAAGUUAAAACACUCAAUACAGUAAUAAUACUAUAGUAAUUUUAUUAGGUUAUAGUAUUACGAUUAAACAUAGAUGAUAGAGGGCUAAGUGCCUUAAAAUUUAAAUUAAAAAUAGUUACAUUUAUUAAAUGAUUGCUAUAACUUUAAGUUUAGGAAGUGGCUUACUUGACAGUUGUAAAUUCAAUGAAACUUGGUUAUUUAGAAUUCAAAAUAUUCAGGAAUUUUGAUGCGAUUGUAUUACAUAUUUUUGACGAAAUUUUAAUUUUAAAAUGAACACUUUAGGACGAAAGUUUUUAGUCCCAGCCGCUUAUCAGUUGGCUAAUCUAAGAAUGUGUAAUUAUCUUGAACCUGUAGGUUUUGCUGAACCUAUGAAGAUUCAAUGUCAUGAUUAUCAUUUUUUACCCCCAUUCGUACCAGUGUUUAGACAGGCGAAGAAGUUUUUGAAUAAAAUAGCUAUAGCUGAUCGUAAUGGACAGCAUAGCUACAAAGAUCUUUUGGCCCAAAGUCAUCACUUAACAGAAAGAAUAAAAGAUGCUCUUGAUACUCAGCUUGGUUCCACGUGCCAACAAAGAAUUGCCUUCUUAUGCCCUAAUGAUGUUUCUUAUGCUGUCGCACAGUGGGCAACAUGGCAAACAAACAACAUUGCUGUGCCUCUGUGUAAAUUUCACCCAACUGCUCAGUUAACAUAUUAUAUAAGUGACUCUGAAGCUGCUUUAGUGAUGGUAACUCCAGAAUUUUUUGACACAGUUAAGCCCAUUACUGAUAAGUUAGGUAUACCAUUAAUUAUCCUAGAGAGUGAAUGUGACUUGCCUGAUAUUCUACCAGGUGAAAUAGAUGAAGCAGAAGAGUGUAAUGAGAAUCUAAAGUUGAAGAGUGAAAAUGCAAUGAUUAUCUAUACCAGUGGAACAACGGGUUCUCCAAAAGGGGUAGUGUUGACCCAUUUUAAUUUACAUGCACAAACAUCUUGUCUUAUACAAAGCUGGGAGUGGUCAUCAAAAGAUGUCAUUCUUCAUGUUCUUCCAUUGCACCAUGUACAUGGGAUAGUGAAUGCAAUGCUCUGUCCGCUUCUAGUUGGAGCCACUUGUGUCAUGCUACCCAAGUUUAAUCCUUCAGAGGUAUGGAAACACAUGGUUGAUCCAGAAGAGUCUAUGCCCAGAGUCAACAUUUUUAUGGGAGUUCCAACCAUGUAUGUGAAAUUAAUUGAAGAGUACGACAGCAAGUUUUGUCAGGCAGGUACCUCCUCUCGAACAAGAGAAUUCAUUAAAGCUGUGUGCAUGCAAAAACUAAGAUUGAUGGUUAGUGGAUCAACUGUUAAUGGGUGCAUAGUGUACUUAACACAGAUUGAUGGCAGUGUUGGUAAUCCAUUACCAGGAGUUGAAGUUCGAAUUUCUGUAAAAAAUGUUUAUUCUCCUACUGGUUACGACACCAUUGCUGAAGGAAAUAUUCAUCGAACGUACGAGACUAAAGGAAGAGAGCAAGAGAUUGGAGAACUUCUGGUACGAGGACCAAGUGUAUUUAAAAGUUACUGGAAUAGACCUGAUGCUAUGGCAGCAGCUUUUACCUCUGAUAAAUGGUUUCAAACGGGAGACACUGUCCAGUAUAUUGAUGGUGUGUACAAGAUUCUUGGAAGAACCUCCUAUGACAUAAUCAAAAGUGGAGGAUACAAGAUCAGUGCACUGGAGGUUGAACGCCAUCUCUUGGCACAUCCUAACAUCAAAGAUUGUGCAGUUGUAGGGCUUCCAGAUAUAACAUGGGGAGAGAAGGUUGGUGCUGUCAUUGUAUUAGCAAACAAAUAUGAUUCCCUGGUACUUUCAGAUCUCCGUGACUGGUGCAAAGAUAGAGUGGCACCCUAUGCUAUUCCUUCUGUAUUAGAGUGUGUUCCAGAACUUCCCAGGAAUGUCAUGGGAAAGGUUAACAAAAAGAAUCUUAUCCAAACAGUAUUUCCACACAUCAAAAAAAUAACUUAAAUGAUUUUUGGUUAGCCUUUAUUAUACAUGAUUUUAGUUAGUAAAUAGUUAAUAAUAUACUUUUUUACCAUCAUAAUUGAUGUACAUUAAUUACGAUAUGGGUCUCAUCUCACGGUAUUGGGAAAUUGUUUUAAUAUUUCAUAAUGAACACAGUGCUUAGUUUUUAAAAGUUGGUUUCUCACAUUUAGUACUUAUUUGUUUUAGAACAUCAAAAUUGUUGACUUUAUAAUCAUGAAAUAUUUUAGUAUUGUUUAAUUCACAAGUGCCAUUUACUUUAUAGGCAUGAUAAAUUAGUAUUUUAGCUAUACUUAUGUUAAACAUGCCUGUAAAACUAUUCUAAUUAUACACUAUUCAAAACUACAAUUGUUAUUAUGUAAUAAGUGUAUCAUGAAAAGCAAGUUGAUGCUCGAAAAUAAAUGUGACAUUUUCAUGUUGA